CAACGUUUCAAGUUCUUCAUACGUUUUCAAAGAUCACCAUGGAAGAUCCACUUGACAACAAAUCAGCUGAAGACAUUAAAAAAGCACUAGAAGACAAUAAUCAAGCCUUAGCUGUAGCAAAGAUCCAGGAGUAUUUGGAGAAGAAGAAAAAUACUCCACUAAAUAUUGCCGUCACAGGAGAGGCAGGCUCUGGUAAAUCCUCCUUUGUUAAUGCCUUUAGAGGCUUAGAUGAUGGUGAUGAUGGAGCUGCUCCCACUGGUUGUGUAGAAACCACCAUGGAGGUUACAGCAUACCCCCAUCCUAACUUUCCCAACGUCACACUGUGGGAUCUUCCUGGUAUUGGCACCCCCAACUUUCUAGCUGACGAAUACCUGCAGCAUGUUAAUUUUGAAAGGUUUGACUUCUUCAUCAUCGUCUCAUCUAAUCGAUUCAGAGAAAAUGAUGUGAAGCUCGCUCUGGAGAUCCAGAAGAUGAAGAAAAAGUUCUACUUUGUUCGCUCAAAGAUCGACAAUGACUUACGUGAUGAGGAAAGAAGGAUGAAGAAAAAGAAGUCACAGUUCAAUGCUAAAAAGAUUCUCAAAGAAAUCAGGGAAAACUGCACUCAAGGUCUUCAGCAACAACAUGUGGAGUCUCCACAAGUCUUCCUGGUGUCCAGCUUUGAUCUCCACCUGCAUGACUUCCCUCUUUUGGUGGAAACCUUAGAGGGAGAGCUUCCUGCACACAAGAGUCAUGCUCUGCUGUUGGCCAUGCCCACCAUCAGCCUGGAGGUCAUCGACAAGAAGAAAAAGGCUUUCCAAUCCGUUAUAGAACAUUGGGUUCUUCUUAGUGCACUUGGAGCAGCUAUACCAGUUCCUGGGCUUUCUUUAGUCCUUGAUGUGGAAGUGUUGGUUGGUGCUGUCACAGGAUACGUAAGUGGGUUUGGUCUUGAUGAACCAUCACUGCGUUCCCUCGCUAACAGAUCAAAUGUGGCAUUGGAUGAUCUGAUGAAGAUCAUUGUUUCACCACUGGCUGCAAAAGAAACAACCCGUGAUCUUGUCAUGGAGGUUAUUCUUUCAUUUGGAAGUGCAGCUGAGUUAACGACAGCAGAAGUAGUGUUCAGGUGGAUUCCACUAAUUGGAACCCCAGUAGCAAUGUUCUCCUCUUCUGUCUUCACCUACAAAAUUCUAAACAAGAUCCUUGACAUGCUUGCUGAGGAUGCACAGAGAGUGUUUGAACGGGCCCUGGGUGUGUAAACCCCAAUGUGAAAUUCAAGUUAACGACAUUCAAUGGCACGUUUGAAAAUUACAUGUACAAAAUAACUUUUGAAUUAUUUCCAUGAGUAGUUGCCUUGUGAGUGCAGUUAGUUUUGAUAUACAUAAUCUUUACAAAUCAUAAUCUUGAAUUCUAGCUGCACAUUUUAGCGCACAGUGCGUCAUACGUUUUGUAGUUGAUCACUCCAUCCAAAAUAAAUGCAGAUACUAAUAAAAAAACAUUGUUUAGCUUAAACAGGGUAUUAACUAACCACUGUCUUUGUCCACACAGUCAACAUCAGCCCCUGUCACAAAUCAAAGACAUGUUGACAGUCUGUCUCGCAGACACACAAAGAACACACACACACACACACACACCUGACUUGACAACUAACGUUACUAUAUAACUGCAAUUAAACUUCACUACACUGCAUGUUAUUGUAAUUUAAGCGCCCUGACAGAGUGUUUAUCUCAUUCUUGAGUCCAGGCGCAUCAUAUUCACAUUAGGUAGGUUUACGCUGCCUGCUGACACCUUGAUCACGGUCACCCAUGAAUAUUAAGUAGCCAUGUGGCAGUCUCUUCACAAUAUGAUUCCAUCAGACCUUAUAUCUACACUGCUUAACCAAAGUCGGCAGAGCCAAAACCAAAGAAAAGGCUGGAUCACUAACAUGCUGCUGCUGCAAGGUGGAAGUGAGAGAGCGAGAAGAGGUCACCACCUCCUCUUUAUAACCUUCCCUUAAUCAGCCUCACUGAUUCCACCUGAGGGAAAGCACAAGACACAAAUUACUGACAGGCUCAUGACAACAAGAGGGGGGUUAACUGGAUAGAUUAUGUUUAUUACAACCAACAGAGAUUCAUCACCUACACGAGUGAAAUCCUGAAGGCAUUUGGUGAGCAGCUACAAAAUCUACAUUUUCUGGGUCAAGGAACCAUUUAAAACUAUUGAGAAUAUCACUAGAUGAUUAUUUGAUCAAAUAGAUAUGUUAAUUUUCACCCAGACUGGUAGGUCUUCAAGUGCUGCAGCAGGGAAUCCUGAGUUGAAAAUGUUUGGACUCUAUGUUGACAAGAUCAACAUUUUGAACCAAAAAAAAAACAAAGAAAAACCAACAUAAAUGUGAUCUUGUGAUUGUGUGUGAUCUGUUAGAAAUAAUUUAUUCUGUCUCUGUUUUCUGUCUCUGUGGAUGGGGAUCACUAUCUGAUUGACUAGGUCACUAUCUAUGCUGCGUAAUUCACUAACUGUGUAUGUGACCUCUCUCUAUGCAUUUAUAGAUUAAUCAUGUAAGAUGCUUUUGAUACAAUGAUCAUGUGCUAAUAUUGUUUUAAAACUAUGAUUACUCUAGAUACAUGUAUUCAAUCUGCUUAAACUUAGUAAGAUUCUAUCAUAACAAGAAGAUAUAUUUUAUGUUUGGUAUGUUAUGUGAACAUUGCAAAAUCUAUGUUCCCACCAAUAUCUCUGCAAGUCAUAACAAGGCCGGAGGUUGUGUUGAAUGUUUUGGGAACAGGUCAGGUCAUGGACAUGAUGUGCUGAGCAGAAAGAUAACUGUCUUCUCUGCUUGGUGACAUGACCUGUCCUGAUAUUGAUUAAAACUGACGAAUCAAAAGUUCGAGAGGGACGCAUCUUCUGGAGAGUUCUACCGACAUUCUCAGUAAACAUUGUUAGGCUAUAAAACUGGGUUUCAGGGACAGAAGGGGGGUCCAACCUUCAUGAACUGAUCCGCCUUUUUUGUGUAAAUCAGGGAAGUGAUGUUUGAACUCAGACUCUGUAACUAAACAUUUUUUGACGUAUUGUAAUAAAGUGAAGUUAAACUGAGAACUUGGACGUCUCCUGCUCAUCAUUCCCCAUCAAACGAUCUGCGCAGAGAAAUUGGUGAGAGGAUUUACUGUUGGA